AUGCAUUGGAAUGAACAGACUCUCGAACGAUCAUUAUCUACCAAUUGGAGACCCAAGUUCUUAACGUCCUUACUCCUUAUCCUGACCUACACUACUGAUCAGGACUUGAAUAGAAUUCUCUUCCACUUCAUUCACGGUCCUUCUAAGCCCGUCAACGACAAGCCGUUGCCGACUCCCGAGGAGAGACAAGCUAUGGAUGAUGCUGCUGCUAUGAGAGGUGUGAAAGAGGAAGUGAAGGAGUAUGAGCAGAAGCAGAAGAAGGCUGGUAAGAAGUUGCAGGCAGCAGAACCUCGAUGGGGUUGGGCUGGUCCUAAACACCCUCGUGAUCCCAAGGCUGAUAAGAUUGAUCUACUGGGUUGA